AUGCUAGCCUUCUUCAGCUCUGCCAUGGCCACUGUCUCCAGCCUGGUGACUGGUCAAGUAGGAAAUAAUAAAACAGCCCGCGUCACAGUAGUGAACGAUACCACCAGGCCAAUCGUCGCCAUCUCCGUCAUUCACAAGUUCAGCAACACCCACAAAAGCCGUCAAGAAUGGUCCAUGGUCCAACCAGGCAAAAACUCCACGCCCGAACUACAGGUUGAAUAUCCAGCUGGCUCCGGCGUCACUGGUGACAACUUAUGGCUCGUUAUCUGGUACAGCGAGGAUCUGCAGGCGCUCCAGCACUCUGAGCCAAGCGAGUCUGUCUUCCCACGCGAUGUGCUUGACAGGCAGACGCGAGAGGAGAUUCAGAGGGUGAAAGAAGCCCUCGCUACUGGGAGUGAGCCAGGCUCGAAAGGUGCACAGCUUGCCAGCGCAUUAGCAAAGGCGACGACUGACCGCAUAUUUAAUUCAAAAAGUGCGGAAGGGUUCGCACAGCAUGCGUUGCGGGAGGAGGAUGCAAACGAGUUGACCGAAAUUGUUAUCAACGCCAAUGACACAAUUACAUUCAAGUCCAAGUCUGGCAGCACAGAGGUCAAGUUCAGCUCGCAGCCAGCUACGGCAGAAACGGCUUCAUACAGGGAAGCGGUCAUUAGCAUUUGA